GGCCGGAGGUGGAGUCUCCCGCCAAUUGAAGCCUUGGCUAUAAAUUGAGCUCCCUGCACGCCGAAGCCCAGAUGCCUCACCAGGCCGCCUCUCGGUUGGUGGUCGGAGAGGGCGGGGGGUCCCAGGGGGCCUCGGGGCCCGCGGUUACCAUGCUCCGCUCCCUGCUGCUUCACUCCCUGAGGCUGUGCGCCCAGACCGCCUCGUGCCUCGUGCUCUUCCCGCGCUUCAUCGGGACGGCCUUCAUGCUCUGGCUGCUCGACUUCCUGUGCAUCCGCAAGCAUUUCCUGCGCCGCCGCGGCCUGGGGCAGCCCGAGCCCGAAGUGGAGCUCAACAGUGAAGGCGAGGAGGUGCCCCCCGACGACCCGCCUAUCUGCGUGUCCGACGACAACCGCCUGUGCACCCUGGCGUCGCUCAAGGCCGUAUGGCACGGCCAGAAGUUGGAUUUCUUUAAGCAGGCACACGAGGGCGGGCCUGCGCCCAACUCCGAGGUGGUCCUGCCCGAUGGCUUCCAGAGCCAGCACAUUCUGGACUACGAGCACGGGAACCGCCCGCUGGUGCUCAAUUUCGGCAGCUGCACCUGACCACCGUUCAUGGCGCGCAUGAGCGCCUUCCAGCGCCUGGUCACCAAGUACCGGCGCGACGUGGACUUCCUCAUCAUCUACAUCGAGGAGGCCCACCCCUCCGACGGCUGGGUCACCACAGACUCCCCCUACAUCAUCCCGCGGCACCGGAGCCUGGAGGACCGGGUCAGCGCUGCUCGGGUGCUGCAGCGAGGCGCGCCUGGCUGCGCGCUGGUCCUGGACACCAUGGCCAACUCCAGCAGCUCGGCCUACGGCGCCUACUUCGAGCGCCUCUAUGUCAUCCAGAGCGGCACCAUCAUGUACCAGGGCGGCCGUGGCCCUGAUGGCUACCAGGUCUCAGAGCUUCGCACCUGGCUGGAGCGCUACCACGAGCAGCUGCAUGGCCCUCGGCCCGGCCAGUUGUAAACGACCGGUGGACCAGUGCCUGAACUUGGCGGGCUGGGCCUAUGGGCUUUUUAAGCCCAUGUGCAGUGGCCACCAGCGAAGCCGGGCUUGGUGAGGCCCAGGGACACAGAUGCACUGAGCCGUGACCCUCUGGCUGGGUCUGGCAUUCGGUCACUGAAGACCAGCUCCGUGGGACUCCCAUCCUCUCACUUGUACCUGCUCAGCUGGCCGGAAAUCCCCCUGGGGGCACUGAGGCAGCAUGCGCGCACCUAUGCCUUUGCACACCUGCACCCCGGCGCGCCACCAGCUAGCCAAGCGCGGCGCGCAUCUCGCAGCAGACACCUUGGCCACGCCCGAGCGCUGGGAGCGCAGCUGGGUUCCAGCAGCUCCAGGCUGCCUUAGUUGCUUGGCACCCACCUGUCGCGCGCAGGGAGUCCUGCUGCCUUUGUGUUUAUUUCUCAUCUCUGAGCUGAGGGGAGGAAUUGGGAGGGGAGGGUGGGCAGGGUCAUCUUCCCCCUCGUUUUGGGCGCGCACGAGCCCCUCUGCUGAUGACGAACUGUCUCUAACUGGUCCUGACCACGAGCAGGUUCCGAAAUUGCAGGCGGGCUCGAAUUGGUUCCGAAAGCGAGAGGGGAAGAGUGCUCUGGGCUUAGGAGAGAAGACCACCGGCCUCGGGGAGGGAGGGGGAGGGACCGCUUCCGGACCAGAGAUGGGUUUGGGAGGCCUUGGCCGGCGCUGCAGCUCCCCCGACUCCUCCUUCCCCGCCCCCUCCCCCUUCCGGAGUCCGAGAAGGGCGAUGGGAGGGGCCUGAGA